GUGCUCCACGACACACAGCAAGGCAUGCAGAGUUACAGGUGCUCCACGACACACAGCAAGGCAUGCAGAGUUACAGGUGCUCCACGACACACAGCAAGGCAUGCAGAGUUACAGGUGCUCCACGACACACAGCAAGGCAUGCAGAGUUACAGGUGUUGACAUUUUCUUUGUCUGAAAGAAAGCUUUAUUACCAACCCUUUCCAUCUCAAAGAACCGAAGAGUGCCCACUUAAGAAAAGUAAAUCUAGUCAGCACGCAUGUUCAAUACUCCCGCGUGGUAAUACCGCAAACGUUGAUUGUUUUUACAGAUUUACACUGAGUCAGUGGUACUGGUAAACCAGCAUUAAUGGAUUGAACACAACAGGCACAAAUAUAGAAAGUUAAUACAAUCGAGUGCGGAAGAAAUCAUAACUCAAAACACGAAAUAAGAGCAUACCACUGUGCCUUAAGUUGACAAACGCCGAAAUCAGCAAUUAUCGUGUAUUCUCGCCAUGUUAUGAGACUUGUGUACGAGAGUCUGGUGCUGGAUCGGAAGUCAGAUGGGCAACAUCUGGGCACGUGUGUUCCGGCACAGGGAGGCCUUGACGGGGCAGGAAAGACAACUCUGUUGUAUCGCCUGAAGCUUGGAGAAGUUAUCACCCAUGUUCCAACUAUUGGGUUCAACGUGGAGCAGUUGCAGUACCGGAACAUCACGUUCACAGCCUGGGACAUUGGUGCCAGGGAUAAGAUGCGGCCUCUUUUCCGUCACUACUACAAGGGCACUGACGCUGUAGUGAUAGUGAUAGACGCUGCCGACAAAGAACGCGUUGAGGAACUAUUUUGUGAUGUCCUCAAACCCGCACUACAUGCGGAGGAACUUGCUCACAGCGUAUUUCUAUUUUUAGUGAACAAGCGGGAUCUCCCAGACACAAUGACGUCAGAGGAAGUGGCAUCAAGAUUGAGUUUGAAAUUCAUGAAACACAAAUGGCAUAUCCUCGAGACGAGCGCCUUGCGCGGUGACGGGCUCACUGAGAGCAUGGAGUGGCUGGCGGCCGAGUUGGGACCCACUUCCGGUCAUCCGCACCGGAAGCACUCCAUAAAAAACUCGCCGCAACAAACCGCGCACACAAAUGACGCUAAACAUUGUGUUACGAAUGAUGUCAGUUACUGUGAUAGAAAUAACCCACCGCCGACACGCUCAACUUACGGACAGGUCCUUUCUAACAGAAAACAUACCGCCAAAUGCUCACCGGUGCACAAUACGAGUGACACAAAUGGUGACGUCAGAAAUGACGUCAUGUCGUGUUCUGUGGUUUCCAAGGAGAUCUCCCCGACACGUGACUACUGCAACCGAGCCUACUCUGCCUUCCGGUGUUUCUUCAUCCGUCCCAGCGUUCCCCCGGAAGUCGACGAUGACGACAGUGAUUGAUUGCUGAGGAAAGGGGUGUAAUAAGCCUCUUUUGAUUGGAGCAUUUUGAUUGUUAUGUAUCGACACCCUGGAUUGGAGCAUUUUGAUUGUUAUGUAUCGACACUCUGGAUUGGAGCAUUUAAUUGUUAUGUAUCGACACUCUGAAUUGGCACAUUUUGAUUGUUAAUAAACUUUUAAAAUGCUUAA